CGUCUGCUGGAAGGACGUCUGCUAGUAUGAGAAAUUUCUUGAGCGACAGUGUUGUUUGAAAAUAAUGAUUGAGUGGUAGCAGCUAAAAUUAAUCGGCACAGAAUUUUAGCGAUAAGUGACACAAUUUCAUAAAGCCUAUUCCUAACCUUUUGAGGAAGAUGGGUGACGCUGUGACAAUGCUUUGCAUUGCACUGUUCAUUCACUGUGCAAUUUUGUUUUUUAAUGUAGUUUUCAAGUCAUGUUGCCUCUACCCAUAUUUCAAAUUCCUGAAGAAAAGUGGCAUUGAAAUAAGCUUUUUAACUAUAAAAUGCUCCACUACCAUUUUUAAUCGUCCCCUUCAGAAGUGGGGAAUUUGGAGACCUCGUUUUCUUAAAUUGUGGUUUACAGCAGGCACAUAUGUAUCCCUAUUACUUCUUCCUAUUUCUCUCACGCUGCUUAUCAGAUCUCUCAUUCUUACAAUUAGCCAAAGGGGUACUUCCGAACCUACAACUGAUGCAGCUUCUUUGGAGCUUGUGAUCCCAGGAUAUAAUUUGCCUCUCAGUGAUCUUGGGUACUACUCUAUAUCAAUGCUUCUUUGCACUGUUGUGCAUGAAAUUGGUCAUGCAGUUGCUGCUGUGAGGGAAGAUGUGCAUAUUUAUGGCACAGGCUUUCUGCUCGUAUUUAUAUUUCCAGCAGCCUGUGUAAACCUGGAUUCUGAUCGUUUGGGUUCCCUUCCACCAAUGAGAAGACUUCGUAUUCUGUGUGCUGGCGUGUGGCAUAAUUUACUUUUAGCUGUUUAUGCUGCAAUUAUCGUAUUUAGCUUACCAAUUUUGACUCAGCCAUUCUACACCACAGGGGAGGGCGUUUACGUGAUGAGUAUCAGUCCUGAUUCACCCGCCACUGGACCCAGUGGGCUGCUCGAGGGUGAUGUGGUAACAAGUAUAAACCAGUGCUCUGUUGCUCGUAAAUCAGCAUGGAAGAAAUGCAUUGCAGAUGCUCACCGAUAUCCCACACCAGGCUAUUGUAUUUCAGCUGAAUUUGUGCGUGAGAAUGAUGAAUCUGCCCCUGAUCAUCCUACUGUUGAAGGAGCUGUUGCCUGUUGCCCACCUCAAGCCUGCAAAGAGGGUCGCUUGUGCUUCCAACUGGUCGAUGAUUCCGGUGGUCCUGUGGCUCUUCCAGAAUACUCUUGCCUCUUGGCAAGGAAGCUCGUCAAAGAAAAUAUUGGAUACUGUGCAAAUCAGUCCCCUAAUUACUGUUCAUCACAACUUCACUGUUUGCGUCCCUCCGUUGUAAAUAACACAAAGCUCUUAGCCAUCAAUCGAGUCAAAGGCGAGGUUGUUCUUUUCCUUGGUAAUCCAACAGAAAUUUACAGCACCGUGCAAGUGGUAGAUUAUGUCCCAAAGUGGAAUAUAUAUGACCCUUACAUCCCUCAAUUCCUUGAAAAUUUAUUGAAGUAUGUGUGUAUGAUGUCAUCUGGGCUUGCUGUCGUAAAUGUGCUUCCAGCAUUUUUCUUUGAUGGUCAAUAUAUUGCCUCUACCCUUUGUGAUCUUUUCUUGGGAUCGCGUGUUAAAGAUAACAGCAAACGAUUAGCCAUCUCUCUAUGCACCUCUUUUUGUGGAACAGUCCUGCUUCUAACUGCACUUAUUACUCCAAUAGUGUUGCAGUAUAUUUACUGAAACUUUGUGUGAUCAACGUGUUUCAUUUGUAUUCUUUUGUGGUGGUCUGUGAAAGGCAUUUUGUUAUUUUAUGUAUCAGUGUGUAACAUUCAUUCCAAAUUGU